CAGUACAAUUUUCACGAAACAGCUGAAUAACAGCUGAUCGAAAUUUAGACGUAUGGAAUACCCCAAUUAUAUUUAAUCAGUUGCCGGCUGGUUGUGUAAAAUGUUGAAAAUAAGAAACAUUUGCUUGCUGCAGCGGAGAUGGAAGAGCGGGGCCAAAAAGCGAUGGAAUGUCCUGCAGAACAAGAAGAAUAACUGCGACCGGGCGCUGGAGAACUUCGAUGACUUCUACGGUAGCGUCUACGGCAGCCGGUGGAAGAACAUGCGGGCGGCCCUGCUCACGAGGCAUAAGUACAUCGCCAUGGUGAACAACUUCGGGGACACGGAGCAGACCUGCAGCAUGCUGGAAAUGGAUGGAGCGAUAAACAUGAAGUCCCUGAUAAAUCUGGCCCAGGAUCGCCAGCUAGAGAGCACUGACACUGUGCCGGAACAGGGAAAGUCUCGUCAUGAAAUUGAGAGCAAGCUGGAUACCCUGCUACGUAAGCAGCAGGAACGCGAGGUGGCCAACAUUUAUCCGAGUUCAGUAGAGGAUGGAGUAGCCCCGUCAAUGCCACAGCAACUGAAGUACGACAAUAACCAGGACGAGCAGCAGGAGGAAGUCAACGAGCCGUACGAGCAGAGCUUGACCAGAUCUCUUGAGGAAGACUUCAGGCUGGACGAACAUCGCUUGGUUGAUCCCCAGUUCGGCACCGGGGGUUUGUAUGAGUACAUGCCCGCCCACAGCAUUAAGGGCAUGGAGGAUUGGGUGGCCGAGUCGGAGCACUAUAAAUAUUACAAAACUAGCGCUGAUUUCCCGCUCACCAUUGAAACAGAGACGUCGUUUCAGUUCCCCGAGCACCUAUCCCUGUACACAUACGAGAUGGGCAACUGCUCGGACUUCAAGGGCCCCAAAAAAUGUCUCACAGGAGUCCUCUCGCACUUUUUGAUGGACGGCGCCUCCACCUUGCCACCUCUUUUCCUGCAGGUGAAACCUGGAGAGCGAGUUCUUGACGCCUGUGCCUCGCCCGGAGGCAAAUCACUGCUCAUGCUCCAGACGUUGCACCUGGACCAGUUGGUGUGCAAUGACGUCCAAGAGUCCCGCCUAAAUAAGCUACGAAAGGUGCUUCAGGAGUAUCUGUUCGACUACAAGGACCGGUGGGCAGGCAAGAGGCUGAUUUUUAGCCAGAGCGAUGCUCGUAACCUCGACCAUUACGAGCAGUUCGACAAGAUCCUGGUAGAUGUGCCCUGUACCACCGAUCGACACGUGCUGAAUACCCAGGACAACAACAUAUUCAAGCCGACGCGCAUCAAGGAGAGGCUACGCAUCCCUGAACUUCAGGCGGGUAUCCUGGCCAACUGUCUGCGCCUGCUGCGACCAGGUGGCAGCUUAGUCUACUCCACCUGCUCGCUGUCGCCCAUUCAGAAUGAUGGAGUGGUGCACAUGGCCCUGCAGAAGGUCUUCACAGAGUACGGCAUUACGGCCACCAUUAAGGAUUUAAGUCGGCAAACAAUGCUUUUUAGUGACAUCUUCAAGUUUGAGCACCCUAAAGGACUCAAGUAUGGACAGAUGGUGGUUCCGUUUCUGCCGGCCAACUUCGGGCCAAUGUAUUUUAGUAAGAUAACCAGAAAUGGGUGAUUUAAUAGAUUGUAAAAAUAAAGACAGAAUGUGUUGCA